AUAAAAUGUUUAUUCGUCUUUUUUUAUACAAUUGAUAAAUAAUGAAAACAAGGAUGCGGGUAAUUUGAGUUAUUAGAUAAUAAUUUUUCAGAUUUUAUUAUAAGAAUCUUAAGAUAAUGCAAAAUAUUAAACAUUGUGUAUAAUACUUUCAGAGUAUCUUAUUCAAUAAAAUUUCUUACAGAAACCCAGUCCAUUAUAAUAAAUUUUACAUAAAUAAAAUUAUAGAAUAGGUCACACAGAAGAUGUCUGUAGCAUUUACAACCCUCGCUGUUAAUCUUUCUUUUUUUGAAUCUGUCAUUUUUCAUGUAGUAAAUAAAAUACCGGAGUAUAAUUCUUCAUCGACGAGCACGUGUCGUGUCGUAAAACGAUUGACAGAUGAUGCCCCAGGAUUCGUAGCUUCCAUCCAUAAUGAUCAGUCUGGGCUUCAACGAAACGAUCGUAUUAGCUGUCGUUCGAGUUCGUGACUUGGCGUUAAGUCAAAACAUCGGCUGUUUACCGAGAAAAAGCCCUAUAUAUUGGUCGAUCGAGAUGGAAGAGUGCGCUUCAUUGUCAGUCAAUGAUGACGAGACGGCCGUCGAACGAACGCGAAAACGAGCUCUAUUAACGGCACCGUGAAGCCUCGUUUAUUGACAUCGCGCAAUUUGCCUUGAAAAUUCGUUAAAUAGAGUGGUUAAAUUGACAGGGAUGGCCUGGCAGGAAAUUUUAAUGGAAUUUUAUGGAGUUACUGUUUCAUGGCAAUGUGUAAUUUCAUGUUAAUGUCAAAUUAUUGUAUAAUCUAUUACUAGAGAUAACACUAAAUAACUAUUUAUUUGUAAAAAUAGAAACGAAUUAUUGUAAUGAAAUCGUACAAAAUUAUUCGUAAAAAAAUAGAUGAUAAAUCGUCGUGUGAUAUUUAAUAAACAGAAGUAUACUCGAGCCUCUUUGAACACAAGAACAACUCUGACCUCGUUCGGUUGAUUUGAACGGCGCGGCGUAUACGACGCGCUCAGUCUACGGAGCGCCACCGUCGCGAGAACACGUGUUUUGAUCGAAAAAGGGGUUGGAUAUCAAUGUAAGCAAAAAGUUAUUCUCCUCCUUGAUGAAACUAAUACGUCCUGAUAAACUAACUAUUGACAAUGCAACUGCAUCCUGGGCCCUCGACAUACUCGGUUACUCGGUAGAAAAAUUAAUGUUCGAGCUGAUGCAGCCUUGCAGUAUGCUAGUAGUAAGAUGUUCCUGGCUUGGUCAGCUCUACGAUUGUAACAAAAUCUUCAAAACAGUAAAGUCGCCCGAAGGAUUCUGUUGUGGCUUUAAUUACCAUUUCAAACUUUCUAAUAAUUAUCGUGACGAGAAUGCUUGGUUAACGAACAUAACGACCGUCGAAGAAGACUCGAAUGGAUACAAUUCUUCUGAUUCUUUACCAGGAAUUGGGCAGAUUUUACAUGUACCUGGAACUGGACGCGACGUUGGUUUAGCGGUAGCGCUUAACAUCGACGCUGAAAAUUAUAGAAGUUCGGUGAGACAAUUUGUAGGUGCCUCGGUACUGAUACAUGACCCCUUAGAUUAUCCGGACGUCGGUACACAGUCCAUUACUUUGCAACCAAGCCACGUAAUGUCGAUAACACUUUCCGGAACAAAAAUACAUAGUUCGAAGAAUAUUCAAAAGGUACCUUUACGCAAGAGGAGGUGCUUAUUCGAUGACGAGGGACCUGGAGGACGACAGUACAGUUAUCAAACAUGCAUCUCAGAGUGCAUGCAGCGAGUAAUGUAUGGUUUCUGCGAUUGUUUGCCUUUCUUUUAUCCAAUUGAACGUGAGUACAUCGUGUUAGAUCCAAAUGAGCGAACCUGUUAUUUGACGGACGUAGAUUGCAUUCUUUCUCGCAGGAGAAAUUUAUCACAAACACAGCUAUCUUAUAUCAACGAAUGCAAUUGUUUCCCAGAGUGUACUGACACAUCGUACGAAGUGAUAUCUGAAUCUAUACAGAUACAUGAUUUAAUGUACAGUUCCGAAUUAACACAUGAUUUGGAUAUAAAGAAGACGUCGUACUUGUACAUUUAUUUUCGAGAUAGCACGUACAUUGAGUAUCAUAGGCUACCUAUCCAAGGAUGGGAUAAUCUUCUCGCAUCUUUCGGUGGAAUCUUUGGAUUAUGUCUAGGCGGAUCUGUAAUUAGUUUCGUAGAAUUUUUCUACUAUAUGCUGACAAACUUCAUUACUCGAGCGAGAAAACAGGAACAAGGAAAUGAAAAUAUACCCCCUGCUUCGAAAUUAUUUAUUUCAGUGCCUGCAAAUGUAGAUCGAAAAACGUAUAAUGCAACACUUAACAAAAAUGCGAUUCUUACGUGGGAUCAACAAUUUUCUCAACAAAAUCAGAAAAAUACUAUUGAUUUAAAAACCAGUACAUUUUGCCAGUAAUGCAUACUUUAAUUUCAGGACAAUAUAUUUAUCUUUAACCGUUAAAUAAUUUAUUUUUAUUCAGGAUGUUUGACCUUUAAUAUUUAAGAAGUGUUGUGUAAAUGUUGUAUAAGAAGUAUAACAUAUAUAUAUAUAUAUUACAACGUAUAUAUUUUACUCCCUUUGAUUCUAUUUUUUUUUACAAA